AUGGCUAAAGCUUAUAGAAUAGAAUAUUUUGAUUACAUCAUGUCAAAGGUUGGUAAGGUUGAUCCAAGAUUUAAGGAAUAUCUGGAAGAAGCUAGUUAUGAAAAAUGGUCUCAAUGUCACUCCCCUGUUAAUAGAGGUAGAAUAAUGACCUCAAAUAUAGUCGAAUGUAUUAACGGUUGUUUGGUAGAGGUUAGAGAACUUCCUAUUAUAGGUUUCCUUGAAGAAUUUAGGAUUUUAUUUGCUACAUGGAAUUGUAAGAACAGAGAAAUUGCAUCGUAUACAAACACAACACCCGGGAGAAGAUUUCAAGAAAUUCUGGCUGAAAAUGGGGUUAUAUCGUUACGAAUGAUGGUUAAGGCAGCUGGUAGUUAUAUGUACUAUGUAUAUGAAUCAGGAAGGAGGUACAUUAUUGAUAUUGAUCAUGACAUGUGCAACUAUUUCCGGCCAAGUACCAUUGUCAAGACGUAUGAACUCCUGAUAGUUCUUAUGCCGGACGUGAAGGAUUGUAAUAUUCCAGAAUUUGUUGAUGCCGAAGAAGUUCUGCCACUCAAAUACAAAAGACCUCUAGGUAGGCCAAAGAAAGGAAGGCAUUCAAAAUCUAGUGAAUCACUUACUGAAAGUUCAAACCAUUGCGAUAAAUGCGGGUGUGAAGGCCACAGCCGUAGGACGUGCGAUUAA